ACAGGCACACGCGCAACCGAUUUUUAGCAACACCGUCGUCUAUUAUUACUAAAUCAACGGCGUCUAUGGAGGGAGAAUGAGGCAUAAUGAACGGCCACGAUUUCCGUCAUCCUUAGUAUCUUCAUCAAUAUCACGUUCGACAUGUCGGUGUCCUGUUCCGAUCGUUUCACUGACUUACUCUGUGGUGAGGAUUCAGACGAGGUGUUCUCCGGCGAUUCUCCGGCCUGUUCUUCGGAGCUUGACUCCCCGGCGUCUUGCAUCGAGGAAUCCUCCAUCGCUGGCUUUAUCGAACACGAAAGGAACUUCGUUCCCGGAUGCGAUUACUUGGCUCGGUUUCAGUCUCAGUCUCUCGACGCAUGGGCUCGAGAGGAAGCAGUUGCAUGGAUUCUGAAGGUACAAGCAUUCUAUAAUUUCCAGCCUUUGACGGCGUAUCUUUCCGUUAACUACCUAGAUCGGUUUUUGUACUCUCGCCGCUUGCCGCAAACUAGUGGGUGGCCAUGGCAACUUUUAGCUGUUGCUUGCUUGUCUUUAGCGGCCAAGAUGGAGGAACCUCUUGUUCCAUCUCUUUUAGAUCUUCAGGUAGAGGGUGCCAAAUUUAUCUUUGAACCUAAAACAAUUCGCAGAAUGGAACUGCUUGUUCUCACGGUUUUGGAUUGGAGGCUGCGAUCGGUAACGCCAUUCAGUUUCACUGAUUUCUUUGCCUAUAAGGUCGAUCCAACAGGAACUUUUUUCGGGUUCCUGAUUUCGAAGGCAAAGGAUACCAUUUUAUCCAAUAUCAAAGAGGCCAGUUUUCUUGAGUAUUGGCCGUCAAGCAUUGCUGCUGCAGCGAUACUUUGUGCAGCCAAUGACAUUCCAAACUCAUCCCUUGUUAAUCCCGAACAUGCUGAGUUAUGGUGUAAUGGACUAAGCAGGGAAAAAAUCCUUAGCUGCUACCGGUUAAUGCAAGAACUGAUAGUCGACAACGCUAGGAGGGAACCACCAAAGAUCUUACCUCAGCUUCGAGUAACGAUCAGACCCGGAAUGAGGUCCAGUGACUCAUCACUUUCACCCCACUCGUCACCUUAUAAAAGGAGGAAAUUAAAUAACCACUCGUGGGUAGAUGAUGACAAAGGAAACUCCGAGUAGAGCGAUGUGUGGGGA